AUGAACAAGAAACUUCAGCAACUGAAAACAGCAUGGAAAUACAUGAAAAGCUAUUUACAACCAUCAGAGUUAGACAGCAAUAAUGAAGAGGAGAAUAUUAUCAAUGAGCGUUCACGUCCAGGGCAAAAAAGAAAGAAAUUAUCAUUGACAGCAGAGCGUAAGACUUAUGUAAAGAAACGACGUAUCGAAACUGGACUCGAUGAGACAGUUUGGAAAGAACUAGAUGCAAGUUCCAAAUCUGGCAGGACAUCAGUUCAUAAUAUUUUUAGGGGUGCGUCAGGUCCAACAGGAUAUGCUAAACGGCAUAUAAUGAAAGAACAAGUAAAGACAGCAUUUUAUCUUAUCAUUGAUCAUCGUAUAAAGGAUCAUAUAAUAAAACGUACGAAAGAAGAAGCAUUUAGAGUAUCGGGGACUAAGUGA